AUGUUCGAGUUUAAUGAUAGCGCCCUCGAACAUGGCCGGCAGGAUAUCGAAGGAUUAUCUCCUUCGGUCAAAGCAUAUCGCUACAGUGGUAUGGACGAUUUCUGCAGGAUCAUCUCACUUGAGCAUGAUCGUCUCUAUCGUUCUUUCCGCAUUGGACGAAAGGCAAAAGCGCGGGCAAGUGGUGCAAGUUGGGAAGGGCGGAAAGACCAUUCGAUCACGCUGCCACAGGCGGAAGACACCCUUCAAUUCGGCUCGGCGCAAAAGCCAAUGCCCAUUCGCACUUUCCACGGCAGUAGCCUUGUAGAUGACUGUAAUCGUCAGAAUAUCCCUGGUGAGAGAGACAACACUAAGGAUACGCCAGACGAAGAUUAUAGCCUCGAGAAAGAAGACCACAGCGAACACCUUAUCUUCUAUAUUGAACCUACGACUUUCGAGCACGACUUCAUCAACUCGGAUCCUCCUGUUCGUACCAAUACAUUCUUCAAUCCGAAAACAAAGAUCCUUAUCGUCAAAAUGCUCGGCCCGGCGCACGAACAAGCCGCGAUGGCUUUCAACGACAUGCUUAUACUGGCCCUUGAGCCAAUGGGCCUGCAUAAAGCAAUUCACUCAUGGGGAAAAACAGUGAUGCUUGCCAUAGAUGGCACAAGGAAGCAGGCAGAUGGGGGUGGGGUCCACGAAGACCCCUCCCCAACGCUCCUAAGAGACCCACGGCUAUUUUGGAGGUCGCCAAUUCGGAGACUUACGCCAAGCUCCGCCGUGAUGCUCAGUACUGGAUAG